AUGUUUGUGCGUAGAGCGAGGACGGGAGUAUUUGUCCGUGUCCUCCAACGGGUCCGUACCAAGAGGCUGGUCUCUUGGAUGGCGGUAGGACGAGCAGCUCGUGGCUCUCUCUUUCUCUCUGUGUGUGUGUGUCUUUCUCUAGUCUGUUGGACCCGAGAAAUCGGAUGGGAUGAAGAAGGGACAGGGCCAACGUGCAAGGCAGUCGGCCGUUGGAUCUAUGUCGGGGCCGCGUUUAUUUGGCUGCUAAAGUGCAGGAUGUCGGGAUCUCGGUGUUCCAGUUUCCCUGACGAUUCAGAUUUAUGA